AUGAAAGCCUUGUUGGCGUUUCUUAUCUUCGCCCUCGCCUCUUCUCUUGUUGGCUGCCAGCAUGUCGAGUUCUUGUCGCCAUCGAACGGAUCUUCUUUCAUGGAGCCGCCAUUAGAGGGCAUCUCCCUGCAUGCGCGCGUCAUGGCUGAAGGGGAGACAGAGCGAGUGACUAAGGUGGUGGUCGUGGGAGGGGUGGAGGCACUGAGGACAGAGGAAGCAUCCAUCUCCUUGCAGACUGAAGGGAUUUCGUCGCCUGGUAUUGUGAAGAUCGAGAUAAGAGGUCUUGACAGCAGGGGAACGCAGCUGUACAAGGAGAGCAUCUUCGUGAUGAUCGCCAAUGUUGAGCAUCGCGGGUUGAACAACAUUACCUGUGAAGCCAUGGGCAUUCAGCGUGCAGAAGCUCUCCAAGCGCGUGCAGGCUUCGGAUCCUCCAAGUGGGAGGAAAUGAGACACUGUCUGUUCCACUUCCUCUCCCUCUGGCCUGACAAUGACGCGGCAAACUUUCACCUGGCACGGUUGAUGGAGGCUGAAGGUGAUUUUGAGGCUGCUGGUAGCCGCUACGGCCUCGUGGUCGAGCAUGGCGUCACGCAGCUGCAGUCGAGGGUCAGAGAGGUUGAGCUCUUGGCCUUGCAGGAACGAGACCGCAGGAGCUGCACAUGGAGAUCACUCGGGACCUGCGAAGCUGGAGCUGACGAAUCCUGCCCUUCAAGACAGUCGAUCGAGGACGUCGAGAUUUCAAAAAUCGUCAACACCUCAAGCAUGUAUCUCAGCGUCAUCAUGGUCACACGUCAUGACAACACACAGUUUUGUCAGGUCCCUAAAGAUGCUUGUCUGGAUCGAUUUCGAGCUUCUAUCUCUGUCCUUGUGUCCUUGCUAAAAGAGACAAAUCUAGAUGACGAUGCCGAACUCAUCCUGGUUGAGUGGAACCCUUGCUAUGUAAACAGCAAGAAAGAGGAAGGUGCUUGUGAUGAUAGAGGAGAGAGAUAUCUCAGUGUUGAGGAAAUGGUGAAAGACCUUGUGGAGGCUCGUCAGACAAAACUUGUCAUAAGGAUUCUUUUUGUUUCUGAGGAGGUUCACGAUUCCCUCUACAACCCUUAUGAUUUCGAUCUUAUGGAGUUCAUCGGAAAGAACGUAGCUGCAAGGCGAGCGAGGGGGAAAUUCUUGUUGUUUGCUAACCCGGACGAUGUCUGGAGUCAUGCCAUUGUUAACCAGAUCGCAAGGAAGAAACUUCGCGAAGAUGUCUUCUACGGAACAUUCAGGGGUUUUGUUAUGCAUCAUGUGCCGGAUGAAAAUGACGAGGAGCCGAUGAGGAGAUUUUCUCCUCAUGCCCCGAACGAUGGUGCGACGAAAGAGACUGUGAAGAAGGGAGGACGAGGAGAGGACGAGGACUAUGGAGUUGGGAAAAUAGUUGAGCGAAGGCUGGGAGCAGUGCAUAAGAUUAGAGGAUAUCCUGAAAUCCCGACCAACAUCAUGAUCGAUGGCACCGCUAUCCAUGCAGCCGCGGCUCAUGGCUUCGGGCAGCUCCUCUUCUCGGGCCCCUGCGUCAUCUUCCAUCAGCCUCAUCCUCGUUCAUACAACACCAAGGGGAGUAUGAUCAGCCUGCAAGCCUACGAGAGCCUUGCGCAGGCGAGUCCUCCUAGACCCUAA